AUGGCGGGAGGGCGCCCUCAACCGGGCAGCCUCAUGCGCCGGAUGGGGGUGCCAACCGCCUGGGAGACCACCCCGCCACCCACCACCAACGCCGGUGCCCGCGGGCACCGCGCUUUCGAAUUCACCUUCGAAAGCGCGGUGAGGCCCGGCACCACGGCCCCGCCGACCACUCCCAUCGGCUCCGACGACGGAGCACCCGUGGCCGCCCCCGUCGCUGCCCCUCGCCCGCCCGCCGUCCGCCCUCCCCCCGCCGCCACCACCACCACCCCCACUCGCUGGCCCCCAGCCAGACCCGUCUCCGGCGCCGGGUGGCCUCUAUGGGCCAGGCGUAUCUCGUUGGGCAGGAAAACCUGCACUUCGAGACGUCGCCGAGGAUGGAGGACUGACCCUGAAAGAAAUAGAACUGACACGUCUAUUACCGUGGGUGAGGCCACCGCCCUCGAUACGGAAGAGAGUGCCCGGGCCGGCGACAAGCGCAGCGCCGUAAGUUCAUAUCCUCUGACAACGAAUCCACCGAACCCAAUGGACGCAUUUCUGGUGCAGCAGACAAACCAUCUGCUAGAAAUCAGUUCUGGCAUUAUUUGCCAUCCCAGCUUCACACAAACCCAUCUCCUCUUCACGGCUACACCCAAGCUAAUAUUCUACAAGCCACUCCCCCCCACCACCAACGACGGCAAUGAGACGGCCGAGCCCGCCCCCAAGCGGAGCCGCAUCAGCGCUGCCAUCCAGCGCACCUUCUCGCGCCUGAGCGGCCGGACCCGGACCACCACCCCGCUCCCCCAGUCCCCCCUUGUCCCCGCCUCGUCCGCCGCCCACCCCACCGGCACCAUCACCACCACCACCACAGGCGCCACCAACCGCCCGCCCGUCCCCCCGUUCGCGCCAGCAUCCGCUCUCGCCUCCGGCUUCGUCCCCGGCUCCGACUUGGGCAGCUCUGGCCUCGCUUCCCUCUCGCCGCGCCCUCCGCCCAGCCCCGGCCGGGUUUUCACCCCCUUCUCUUUGCUCUCGCGGGUUGCGUCUGCGGCGCCGAGCGAAGUUGCUCCGCGAACGGUUAAGGUGUGUUUGGUGGGGGAUGUGGGGGCCGGGAAGACCACGCUGUUUAACCGGUUGGUGGGAAAUUCUUUCGUCUCGACUGGAACUUCUCUCGUCCCGGACUUCAAGUCCAUAAUUGUCCGCGCCGAGGACAAAUCCGAUGUCAACGUCGAGCUGUGGGACUUCCCGGGCAUCGUCGCCGGCGGCUCGCGCCCCGGUCCGCUCCUCUCAACCUUCUUCCAUGCCGCCGUCAUCUGCUUCAGUCUCGAGGACAAGCGUAACUUGAGGAGCAUCGCCGAUGUGUGGAAACCCAAGCUCGAUGCCUGCCUCCACGACCGGCACAUCUUCGUACUCGGUCUCAAGCGCGACCUCCGCCCGGCCUAUCCCACGCUAGGUCUCUCCUUCCUACCGACCCGGGAGCGGGCCACGGCCGAGAUGGGCCAGCAAGCAGCGGCAGCCAUCAACGCCAGCGGCUACGGCGAGUGCUCGGCUCGAAACAACGACAACAUCCGAGGCGUGUGGGAGGGCAUGAUGAACCACGUCAUCGCCAGCCUCGACGAGCGCGAGAAAGCCAAUAGGAAUGGCCGCAAGCGCGAGCGCGCAAAGACAGCCGUUACCGGAUUCCUCGACAAGUGCGGCGUCAACCGGUUCGGCAAGGGCAGAGAGCACAAGUGA